CGUGGAAUACCAUACCACCUUUCGACAUGAUGAUGAUUUUUUUCACAUGACGUAACAAUACACACAACUACGUGGGGGAAUCCCCUUGUCAGCGUCGUUGGUGGUGUGUCCCACCAACCGUGUCCCUGUAUAUGUCCAGACGAGGGUUGCAUGGGUGACUGCCUUGAGUAUCCGGGUUUCAAAAAAGGGGAGAUGAGGAAAAGGGUUCCUCCGAAUGAAUUCUUCCCUGGUGAUUGGUGGGAAGAAAUUACGGACAAGCAUGCAUGGCUCAAGGACCAAGCGUGGCCCAGCAAACCGUCUCAAGCUCUGAUCGCCACCAUGAAAAUUGAGAUCCUGGACGCAAUGAAAACGAUGGUUGAGACUAGGCGCUUUCCUAAUUUUUUUAACAUGAUCGGCUUUAGCGAUCUCGCGAACUUCGCUUCAGCCUGGGAUGGGGGUAGGGAUGCGUUCGACGCCAGGCUCUUGGGAUUAGCCAGAGAGCUUGAGAAUAGGAAGAUAGAGUAUGGGCGGGAGUGUGCCGAAUUGCCAGCUAGGACCGCAAGGGUCGAGCGAGUGUUCCUGAAAAUUUGGGGGCUGGACCACUCACACCUCCAGGGGCAAGCCUCUGAGAAACCUCAGACUGACUGCACCAUCACAGAUGCUAUGGCCAUGAACAAGGAAGAGAUGGCAGAGAUGAAAGCCGCCAUUGCCGCCAUCACAUCGAACAUCAGCAGUAGCCCACCUACAGCCUCAUCAUCUCGGGGGGGGCAUUACACUGCCUUUGCACCGCUCGCCUCCACGCAUUGGGUCAAACACACUAGGGUUGGGUUCAGGCAUGCACUGUGGAAACUUGAAACGUUCAACCACCUCGCCCCGUUUUCAUUGAAUGCCCUUGUCUUCCUUGCCAAUCUUACGAAGGUAGAAGUCGCAAAAUGCAAAGCAAACGCGAUGACCGGCGAUUUGCGAUACUGUCCGCCUGGCAAGAAAUCGUUCAAACCGACGAUCCUAAAAUUCCCUGCUCUGUCAUUACUCGACCUGACGAAAUGCGAGCACACUCUCCCCACUAUGUGGCAAAAGAAGAUUAAGUCCGCCCCGGAGUUUGAUCUGAAAGGGUUAAGGAAGUGUUGGAAUGUGGGUCGACCUUACUUUAGAUGCCAAUGCGCUUCGGAACGCAAGAAAGACUGCGGGAAUGGGCCUAUCUCGAUGGAUCAUGCGGACGAGUGCUUCGAGCAGGAAGAGGGUUGCGGCUUCGUAAAAUUGCCCUCGGGGAGGCUCGCGUGGAGAAGAAAGAAGCAGAACAAGAGGGAGUUCAUACACGUCAAGUACACUAGCAGACUCAUGGAGGCAGUUUCUCUCAGGCAUUUUGUUCUGGAGGGGCUGAAGCAGGUGGCGGGAGCCAAAUCGGAGUGCUGGCUGGAUGACGUCGUCAUUGGUUGGAGGUACGAUGAACCGCUUGGCGCCAAGAUAUGCAAACCAGGGAAGGUGUUCAGGAAGUUUAAGAUGGAGGAGUGGGAAACGAGCUUCGAUCUCCAGUACUGCAGGUGCGGGGCAGGAAGGAAUGUCGACUUCUUGAGCCCUGCCACGUUGAGACUUAUCCCAGCAGACGGCAAUAUGCAUGUCAUCGCCACAGACACUGGAAUCACUAAUAACGGGCGGUUGCAGCUCAUGUUGAACUCAGGGCUCAAUCACAUACCGAUGAGAGCACUUGACGAGGACGUUGCCCUGACGGAGGUUGAGGAAGCGCUGGGUUGCAUCUUGACUACCAAGAUUUGGGACAAAGAACUCUCGAUGAAAGAGGAGAAGCUAGUGAAGGACUUCGUGAUGACCAGGGUCAAGGCUAGCAUCAGGGAGUAUCAUGCGCUGCACAGGCAUAUCAAGGAGGAGCCGAUUAACAGUUUCCCAGUCAGGACUGAGAUUGAAUGGCUGACCCAGAGAUAUCUAGUCUGCCCAACAGACAAGGCCCCACGUACCCCAACGUUCGUCUGCAUCAAUUUCAUCAGAAAGCUGGCAUUGGAACGUCUAUCUGGGCCAGACUUCAUACCACUCCAGCCAGCACAUGUCGCAAUCGGAAGCAAGAUUGCAGAGGAGGCCAACGCUCUCGCACCCAUCGGCUGCCCCGGAGACAAGGCACUUCUACCACACCUCAUGGUCGUGUACAAAGCGCAUAAGGGCACCUUCAGAUGGAUUACCAACACGUCGGGAUUCGUUCUCUCCCCAGUCGCAGAGGUAUGCACAUGUCUGCUCAAGUUCCAAGCGAUCGAUGUGCAGAUGCUCUGUGCCAGUAAAAGCGAAGCGAUCUUUGAAGAACCGGGGGUGAGUCCGAACUACUGGUGGCCGAUUACAUCCAUCGGCAAAUUCGUUGCCAACUUACCGAGGCGUAUCUAUUCCAUCUUCACAGCGGACAUUACCAGAUGCUUCGAGAAGAUUCCGACAGAUAACUCCGAUGACGGGCUGAUCUCUGUGAUCAAGUUCUUCGUCGGAUGUGCGAUGGAAUGGAGGAGGGUCAGGACGACGAGGGAUGGCGUGGCAAUAAGGGUGGCUGCUAAUGGCACGCUGCACCCCUCCUGGGUCGAUGGGCAGCAAGAGAGACUAUUCGACAUGCUUUACUUCAGCGAGGCAGAAAUCAUCAGCACUUGCGAUUGGCUGGUAUCCAACGCUGUGGUGCAGAUGGGUGAUAGGGUCUGGAGGCAAACCCUUGGGAUCCCAAUGGGUUUGGCCUGCUCACCUAUCCUGUGCGAUGUGUAUUUUUUUAAAUAUGAAUUUAAACWRRUAGCGCACCUUGUCGAAAACCAAGAGUGGCAAGCACUUGYAUGUUUSGAAGAAACAUACAGGUAUAUCGACGAUCUGUGUUCACUAAACAACACACUGAUCGCAGACUUUCUCAAAAAUGGAGUGCCURGAGUAUCACCCASAAGAAGAAUCUACCCGUACGAGUACAUCGAGGUAAAGGAAACCACGGAGGUCGAAGUGGACAGACAGGGGUUAGUUGCGAAUUUCCUUAAUAUCACAGUAUCUGUARUAUCAACCUCGGGCGGCUCAUUCGCUACCUCAAAACAUGAUAAGAAAAGAGGACUGGACUUCAACCCAAUGAAGUUCAUGAAAUUCAAGUCUAAUCGCAGCAUGACACAGUCCCUUCAAAUCCUAACAGCCCAAACAGUACUAAUCCUGCUCCUGUGCUCUGACGAACACGAGGCCGCUUUCGAAAUCAAUGGGUUGGUCCGAACCAUAGUCGCCAAUGGGUUCGACAGGAGGGAGUGUUGGAAAGUAAUCGAGAAGGUAUUUCGCAAUAGGACCGAUUACCAACCAGGACGGGUGGAUAAUAACAUGGUUAGGAGUACUCUAAUCUCUCGAUUCCAUAUGAGCUAACUGUGGUAUGUGUCUGGGUGAGGUGUGCUGUGGAGACCGG